AUGAAACCCAGCGCUGUGUUUGGUUUAGGUGUUGGCCACAUGGCCUCUUUUGCGACUGCAGGCUCGUUCCGCCGUGCAGUUGAUUCUGACGGAUUCCAACUGUACGGAUACGGUGCCGGUGUCGGUGGCCUCACCUUGUUUUAUGCCGGUGGAACUGCCUAUAUCGGUGACUACACUAGGAUCAACAAUCCAGAUGCAGCACCUGUCAUCUUCACCGCAAGUUCAGGCUACUUACUGGGUUCUCCCAAUGCGACAGCUUUCUCCAACUCUAGCGACGUACCAACCUGGUCGGGAGCCCUUGCUAUACCAGCAGUCUCAUCCUCCUCACGUGCCGUUGUCUUCAGUAAUUCGACCACCGAUAACUCCUCCAUCAUCACUGACUCAUUCACCUCCUACGGCGCUUAUAUUUUUGUGUCUGGAGACGAUGGCAGUAUGGAAUCUCUUUGGUAUACAGUGCCAUCUGAUAUCAGAGGUGUUUAUGCACUCCAAUGGAAUCACACAGGAGAGAAUGACAAUUCGACUAUUUCUCUGACAUUGAAGAAGACUCCACCCUCCAAGAAUCCUUUUCAUUGA